AUGGCAAACAUAAAUGAGUUUGUGCAGUGCUCAGUGGGUAAGUUUGAUGGGCAGGGAAACUUCCAGUAUUGGGAUUCUCAGAUGGAGUUUUUCUUCAAAGUUAUGGAAUACACAGAUGUUAUGAUAAAUGGGUUCACUGACCCAGGAGAUCAAGCCACCCUUACACAGAACCAGAGAGAAGAGAUGGUGAAAAAUUGGAAGAAAGAUAGCCGGGCCUUGAUGUAUAUCUUUGUUGCAAUUGAUCCAGCAAUCUAUGAGAAGAUUGCACAUGUCUCUACAUCUAAGGAGGCAUGGGAUGUGCUAAUCAAUAGCUAUAUUGGAAGAGAUAAGGAGAAGAAUGACUCUAAGAACGAGGAGUCUAGCUAUGAAGUAAGAUCAAAUGCAAAGAAUCAUAACUCAAAUUACAAAAUGGUUCAUAAUAGAUUUGAAAACAAAAGAGGAAGAGGCCGAAGCAACACUUGGAGCAAAGCCCAUGAUAAAUCCAAUGUUCCAUGUUUUAAGUGCUGGAAAUAUGGCCACUACAAAAAUGAAUGCAAUUCUCAGAGAUUUGAAAAUAAGGGGCAUCAUGCUAAGGUUGCAAAGGAUGAUAAAGGAAAUGAAGAGAUUUGUUGUUGGCUUAUAAUGUUGUCAGUGACGAUGAGAAAAACAAGUGGUUGCUGGAUACUGGAUACUGGAUGCAGUAAUCACAUGUGUGGGCAUAAGGACUUGUUCAGUGAUUUGAAUGAUUUGCGCCACAAUUUUUUGAGCCUCGAACAACUCUCAAAGAAAGGGUACGACAUUUGGCUUCUCAAUGGAGUUUGUACUAUUAGUGAUGCUAGUCAUGAACUAAUAGCUAAGAGCGGGUUGCCCCCGUCUGAAAGCUUAACGGCCACACGUGCUCCACGUCACCCAAAAUGUGUUGUCCACAUGUUACGCUUGAAAAUUCACCACAUGUGCGGGGGCAUAAAGAAACUUGAUGAUGCAAAGAGCACAUCAGGUUAUGCUUUUCACAUUGGCUCUGGUGUUAUCUCUUGGUCAUCAAAGAAGCAAUAA